AUGGAUGCGUUGUUUGGGCUGAAUGUAGAGGAUGCAGUAGCCAGGUCUCUGCGGGAACGGAAGACGCUGGUGGUGUACAAUAAGCCACAGGAUGGCAACGAAGACUGGGUCAGUUGGCUUGCAGAGCAUUCGGAUGAGUAUCCUCGUUUAAUGGAGAAAGGUGUGUGGUUGAAACUGACAAGUGGUAGCGAUCAAUUCCAGCAGUUUGAGCAGAUAUUUCCUAAUGUGAUUGUACCUAGUUUGUAUUUGAUCAGGGAUGGUAAGAUUGUGCUUAUCAUACAAAAGCAGGAUGAUAAUCCAUCUUUGAGUCAUUGGAAGAAAUUACUCAUUGGGCUCGGAUUACCACUUGAACAGCACUCGAACGAGGAUCGUGGAUUGAAGAAGAAAGAUCCUCAAAACAUUGACGGUAAGACUGAAAAGGAUAAGAUACUAGAAAAGUCUAACCAAAUCCAGAGAAAAGAGUAUGAAAAACAACUGAGAGCAGCUGAAGAGGAAAGGCUACGUAUAUUGAAACUAGUUAGAGCUGAUAAGGCCGAGCGGUUGGCUAGAUCACAACAUGGUAAUGCAACCGAGGAGAAAGAGCUGCCGUUAGAAGUUAAGGAUAAUAUUAAAGACAGACAAAAGUUUCAUACUGAUACAUGUGUACUAAUGUUCCGGUUAACAGAUAGUAAGACUAUAACACAUACCUUUGACUCCAAAAAUACUUUAAAUGAUGUGAGGAAAUGGGUCGACAGUAACAGAACUGACGGUAGUGUUCCUUACUCCUUCCAUAGAAACAUACCUAGAGUUACAUUUCAAGACUCUGAUGAAUUGAAGACUUUAGAUGAGCUUGAUCUGGCUCCGCGUUCCGUUCUCGUGUUGAAAGCGUUAAGCUCCACUACAACACACCUAAAUGUUUCCGAAGAGCAAGGUCCCGGAUUAAUCAGUAAGAUGUUUACUGGCUUAUCAUCAUGGUGGGGCAAUAGCGACUCCACGACACCUUUGGAACAUUCAAGAAUUCCAGAAAACUCAUUCAAUGAUGCUUCUACUAGUCAAAUAAAUGCUAGUAUGGUUCGAGAGAACACACAUGCAGAAGCCGAUACAAAUUCUAAAUUAGCAUCUCCGAUUAUAGCUCCUAGUGUAAGCAGACUUAAAAAGGAACCAUCUGAGAUGAAUUUAACUUCAAGAUCAGUUUCUCCAAACAUAUUCAAGUUUGUUAAUAACGAUGAUAACGAAGAUGACCAGCAAGAGAAGGAUACUUACAAUGGUAAUAAUGUCAAGCUGGAAAAGAACAGAGAUCAAUCGGAUUAG